GCAACCUAGUGGACGGCAUAUCGCAGGCGGAUUACCGAGGCAGCUUGUCCAUCCCUUGCUUGGGGAUAGCAUCAUCAGAAUCUCAUGUCGAGAUUAUAUCAUCAAGUCAGCUCACGAUUACCGAUACGGGCCGGAGGAUUUAGUGCAUAUAAAAUCGAGUAUGCAGUACCUUGAGGAAACCUUCACCGCGCAGCCUAAUCACCUACUCCCAUCAUAAUAUAUACCCCAAAAUGUAUCCCAAUCCUCUCCCAAUCGCCAUUCCAACGUCUUACGAAAGCCUCCAAACAACCCACAUUAAGGUGUUCCACCACCCGGCCGGCUCCCCGACCGUAACCCCAGUCGUGAUCGUCACUUUGAACCGCCCCGACAAGCACAAUGCCUUUACACAGGUCAUGGCCGAGAAUCUGGAACGCGUCUUUGGCAUGUUCGACCUCGACGAACGCGUAAAGGUAGUCGUGCUGACCGGUGCGGGGAAGACCUUCUGUGCCGGCGCGGACUUGGAAAUUGGGUUCAGCGGUGGGCGCGAACGAGAGAGGACAGCGGAUCACCGGGAUAGUGGUGGCCGAGUCGCUCUGGCGAUCCACAGAUGUCGGAAGCCUACGAUUGCUGCUAUGCAGGGUUCUGCUGUUGGGGUUGGCAUGACCAUGACUCUUCCGGCUGCGAUAAGGGUUGCCCAUGAAUCGAGUAAAUACGGCUUCGUCUUUGCCCGAAGAGGAAUCACCAUGGAGUCUUGCUCUUCGUACUUCCUCCCCCGCCUGAUCGGAUACUCUCGGGCGAUGUUCCUCGUCUCAACAGGGGGUAUCUACCCGCCCACUUCAAAACACUUUGAUGGGUUGUUCGCGGAGACUCUACCAGAGCGAACCCAGAUCCUUCCACGAGCUCUGGAGUUAGCGGCCGAAAUCGCCGAGAACGUCAGCCCAAUGGCAUCUGCGCUAAAUCGGGCGUUAGUGUGGCGCGGACCUGAGUCCCCCGAAGAAGCGCAUCUGCUCGAGUCGGGGAUCUUGUACCAUAUGUUUGGGGCUAAGGACCAGAAAGAGGGCGUUACAGCCUUUUUCGAGAAGCGCAAGCCAAACUUCAAGGCAACUUUCGAGAACGAUGGGCCUGCCAACUACCCGUGGUGGUCGGAGGCGAGCAUCGACCCACCAGCAAGAGCUGCCAAGGAGUCAUCUAAGUUGUGAACAGACGCCGCCUGCUGGUCGUAAUUGAU